AUUGUAUAAAAUUUGUCUAUGGUUAACCUUAAUUGUUGUUAGCUACGAAGAAAACAAACAAGACUUAUUUUCAAUAAAGACCAAUAUUACAACUUUUGAAGACUAUGAAAGACGUAAUAGACGUGAUGGCGUUACAGAGUAGUAGACGAGAAAGACGAUUACCUGAUUACCGUAGUGCUCCAAGUCAUAGUUUAGCUACAAAUUUCAUAUUUGAGUGUGGCAUAAAACUAGGAUUACAACCGGCGACUGUAGCUACAGCUGCUAUAUUUUAUCACAAAUUCUUUAAGGAGGCUGAUAAAAAUGAUUAUGACUGCUACGUGAUUUGUACUGCUUGUUUGUGUGCGGCGGGGAAGUCACGAGAUGAACCUGUUAGACUAAGAGAUGCAGUGAAUGUUGCACAUAAUUCUAUCAACCGUGGUGCGGGGCCUCUGGAAUUGGGCGAUGAGUACUGGUCGUGGCGGGGAGCUGUUGCUCAGGCAGAGCUGCUAGUGCUGCGACUACUCGGCUUCAACUUGGACACACCGUCUCCUCACAGAUAUCUCCUUCACUACUUGCGUACGCUGCAGGAAUGGUUCCCGCCGUCACAGUGGCGCUCUGCCCCCAUUGCUCGCACCGCUAUGGCAUUCUUGCAAGACUUCCAUCAUUCCCCAUCUAUUCUAGAGUACAGAGCUCCUCAUGUAGCGGUAGCAUGUUUGACUCUGGCACUCCAUGUCUUGGGAGUGUCAGUACCAUUGGCCUCUACAUUAGACGAUGAUGCUGCAUGGUAUUCGGUAUUUACCAAAGAUUUGCAAAAGGAGAAAAAUUGGGAGAUAAUGGAGAAAAUAAUGCAAGUGUAUAGUAGGGAGCCCGAACCUAUAUAGAGGUAUCAUUAUUGUUGUCCCUAAACUAUAAAAAUAUUCCCACUAUUUGCAUGCAGUGUUCAUUCCUGAUAUUGUGUAAUAAAAUUUAAAUAUAAAUAAGAAA